GGGCGGGGCCGGAAGUGCCGCUCCCUGGUGGGGGCUGUUCAUGGCGGUUCCGGGGUCUCCAACAUUUUUCCGGGUGGUGGCUGUAAAUCCGUUCGCAGCGGAGGCACCAGGGCUGGAGGUUCUUGCUGGUGUGAAAUGACUGAGUACAAACUGGUGGUGGUUGGAGCAGGUGGUGUUGGGAAAAGCGCACUGACAAUCCAGCUAAUCCAGAACCACUUUGUAGAUGAAUAUGACCCCACCAUAGAGGAUUCUUACCGAAAACAGGUGGUUAUAGAUGGUGAAACCUGUCUGCUGGACAUACUGGACACAGCUGGACAAGAGGAGUACAGUGCCAUGCGAGACCAGUACAUGAGGACAGGCGAAGGCUUCCUCUGUGUAUUUGCCAUCAAUAAUAGCAAGUCAUUCGCAGAUAUUAACCUGUACAGAGAACAGAUUAAGCGAGUCAAAGACUCCGAUGAUGUACCUAUGGUGCUAGUGGGAAACAAGUGUGAUUUGCCAACAAGAACAGUUGACACAAAACAAGCCCACGAACUGGCCAAGAGUUACGGGAUCCCAUUCAUUGAAACCUCAGCCAAGACCAGACAGGGUGUCGAAGAUGCCUUUUACACACUGGUGAGGGAAAUACGCCAGUACCGAAUGAAAAAACUCAGCAGCAGUGAUGACGGGACCCAGGGUUGCAUGGGGCUGCCCUGUGUGGUGAUGUAACACGAUACUUUAAAGUUCUAGCAUCAGAGGAGAGCCAUUGUCAAGCUGCACUGACACCCUGGUCCCGACUUCCCUGGAGGAGAGAGAAGUAUUCCUGUUGCUGUCUUCAGCCUCACGGAGAAGCCCCUGCCACUUCCCCAACUCUCAGUAGAUCAGUACAUCAUUCUCUGUUUGAGAAGUUCUCAGAAUAACUACCUCCUCACUUGGUUGUCUGACCGGAGAAAUGAACCUUUUGUUACUACUCCCCAAUAUUUCUCCACUCUGGGUUCUUCCCAGGUACACCUCUGCCCCCCAGGUUUCUCAUCUGAUAAGCAGUUCACACUCUGAAACAGAACCAAGCUGUAGACGUUAAAUUCUUUAGAAAACAAUGUCUCAAGCUCUAAUGUAGCAACUGCUGGAGAAUUUUUUUCUUUUUACUGUUGAACUUGGAACUAUAUUGGUUUUUGGAGAAAUGUCAUAACUGUUUUGCUGAGAAUAUAGUUAAUGUUGGUGUUUGGUUGUCUGUAACAUUAUCAGCUAUAUCUGUGAGCUGGCAUCUGCUCUGUAUUCGUCAGUGCAAAGGUGACUACAGACCUUUGAGUCUAUCCUAGUCUUCUUGACUUUCAUGCAGUGAAAUCUGACUUUCACAAUGAAGUGCCUUUUUCCUAGGAGUGGGUUGUGAACUCCCUUUACAACACUGCAGUGGAAUGGAUGUCUUGAAAACCGUUGUACACAACGGUGAAUGUCUGAGGUAUGAGUAGGGCUUGUCUACCUUUAAGAGAAAGAUAAUACAUAUCAUUCUUUAAGGGAAUGAUAACAGAUUCCAUUUCUUACAUUUGUGAAGUAUGCUUUCCGGAGACCUGUUUUUAGGUUCUCCCAAGAGAAAGAUGAAACUGGAAACAAGUAUAAAUAACUUCACUUAAUUUUUACCUGUGCUCCACCUUUUUUUUUCUUUUUUCUUUUUGGAAGGUUACUACCUAUCAGAUGUAAUUUGUUUUUUCUAGCUUACUGGUAAUCUAAUGUUCAGUGAACUUCCAUUCGUAUUUAAAUUUGGGGUAUAUCAGAAAGCUCUACAUUUGCAGGUGUGCAACAUUGUAAAAAUUUGAUGCAGUUUCGAUAUUGUGGUCAGUGGUUUUCCACAUUUUCAAUGCAUAUUCUGGUUCUGGUAUCUUAAUGAUGUAUGUGUCCAUAAUUGCCCUUAGUCCCUCACCCACUGCAGUUUGAUUACUUCACCCAAGUAAAGCAUGGUGCUAAAUGGACCGGGUCACCGUUUUGGAACUUGAGUGAGCCAGUUAGCAUCACGGAGGGAGGUGUCUUCCCCAUCUGCUCAUUGCACCAGCAACCCCAGCUGGUAGCUUUGCCAGGUGUGGGCUGUUAGUCCUGCACAGAAGGAAGAGGCCAAUUCACACAAGUCCUCCAUCGUAACUGGGGAAGCUUGGUGUCAUGAGGAGGACCAGCCUAGUGGUCUUUAUAAAUAAUCUACACUCUCUUCAGCCCCAUGGAAACUGAACGAUGCCAAUAUUUUUUUCUUGUGUUUUUAAGGAUGAGGGUACCUCAAUUUUUUUUUAAUCCCCACCAGAGAAGAUUUAUUGAUUUUUAGGAAAAGUGAGGAAGAGAAUAACGUCCAUUGGGCACUUCCUGUACAUCGAACUCGCAGUUUUCUGGUGCGUAGGGUGAUGCUCCAACCACCUGAACCUUCUGGCCAGGGCUCAGAUCAGUUUUUUUCUAAAUUUUCUUUAUUCAAGAUGUUCUUGAAAGGUUUUAAAACAAAAUGUUGAAUAAUUAGUCUGUGCAUAAAAGAUAAUAAAUGGAAAUGCUGGGUUUGUUCAGAACAAGAAGCCGCCUUUGGAUUAGAAUUGCUGUUUGAGAAAGGCAUGGAGACGGUGAAUUGUUAGUUAUGAGGAUUUGGAGGCUUGACUUUUCCACAUGCAAAUAAUAUCCUGGUAAUUCUAAUGAAACAGACAACUUGAUAAAACCUGGCCCAAAACGACCGCUUGCUGUCCUGGCCUGUUAGUAUGUAAAUGCUUGCCAGGGUCGUCCACCUUCUAACACGGAUUUUCAUGUACUGAGCACGCCCCACAUUGCCUCUGCAUGAACACAGAUGAGGGGGAGGCGUCCGGGCUGCCAGGCGGAGAGCGGUGAUCGCAGGGCUGUGGGCGGGUCUCCGCUGCUCGUGUCCCUGCUGCGUCCUGUCCCGUCUGUCGGGAGUAUCACUCUUCCCAAGGCUGGAUUGAAGCUUGUCAUCUCAGUUGUCAUCCUCGUGGUCUCCCGCAUUUUCUUCUUGUCCAUGUGACUGACAGUGUGAUUUUUUCUGAUGUCCAAUUAGGGGGAAAGAUGACUGAUUUGGGGCCCUGUGCCCACUGCCCGAGUGUGAGUGUACCCGAUGGUUUCUUCGGGUGUGUUGCGAGCACAGGCGUGUCUAAAGGGGCCAAAAUUCAGACUCGAAAGUGUUCUUUUAAUAGCGUCUUAAGCAGUUACAUUUAGGUGUGAAUUGUGGUGCAUUGGAGUGGUAGCGUUAGAGCGGCAUGCCGAAUCGCUUCAGCCAGUGCGGUGCAAAAGGUGGUGUCCAGAGUGUGUUUGCAGUUGCUGAAAGUAAUUCUGGUUUACCUCAAAAUCCAAAAGUCUCUCUCCCCAAAUCAAGUGCCUGGCCAGCUAUCUUAUAAACUACACGUCACUUUGGUUGUUUGUUUUUUAAAGGUUGUGUGUUCGAGAGUGCAAAGACGAUGUUCUGUCUGAAGGCUGCUGUGCCUGGUCUGUUAAGUGCUGUACCUGCUCCCACCAGUGUGCUGUCGAAUGUUACUUGGUGAUGCGCUUUAGGAGUGUAAUGGGUAAAAUUAUUCUCAAUGUACAUUCGAGUGGGGCCCACGUGUAGUUGUUCAGCAUCCUUUAAACUGCUGUGAAUUUUUUAUCUUGACUUGAAAGCAAGAAUAGAGAAACACUUUAAAGAGAUACUCCCCCCCCAUUCCAGAAUUGGUGAGUGUGAUCAUCCUCUGCUGUACAUUUACAGUCCUGAGCUCUUCUACGCAGGCAGCUACAACCAAGAACCAAAACGUGGUGCACUCAGCUUCUUGUAAUUCAUCUCUGCUAAUAAAUUGCAAGAAACAAGGGUAAUUGAGUAGGGAAAAUAUUUUAUUUGGGUAGUUUCCACAAAUGAGGGACUGUAACUCCUCAUACAUUAUUUCUCGUCUUGGCGGUGUGCCACGAAAUUAUUUUAAAGUGUUUCGUGUAAGAAUUGUUUGAAAAGUGUUCUUAUUAUCAGAGUAGUUGUAGAUAUAUUUCAAAUAUAACUGGCGAUUUUUAAAAGCCUGAGUACUGACCUAAGAAGCAGUUGUGUGAAUUCUGCCCUGGAGGGAGGGGACGAUCUCAGCAGAUGGUGUGUGACCUUCACGGGGCUGUGCCGUCACACGGGCAAAAAGGCCGGUGGACUGUGGGUUCUGCUGUUGAAACGGGAACCAUCGGCCGCUUGGCCCUACAUGGGAGGGCUGGGAUUCCAGGUUGCCUAUUGUAUUGUAAGUUAAUUCACCCUAAUUUUUAAAAUUGUGCUUGAAUGUUUUUCUUUUUAAAUGUUUAAACAAUAAAAACUGGAAGUUCUUGG